CGUGUCUCUCUCAUCUCACUUCCUCUGUCCUCUCCUGUGUCUUUCUCGCCAACCACAGAGUGGCACUGAGAUUGUAAUCCAGCUGGAAGACCAUCCUACUGUCUGCAGCAUUGCCAUGGACGCCACAAAGACAGCAGCCAAGGCUGUGGCGGCAGGCAACGGCGACGCAGACGCCGCGCCGUCGACCCGGCGGACGGCGGCGCCGAGGCCAGUACCUCGGCGGGACGAACCGCUGCCAGGAGAAGGCGGGGCUGCGGCCGACCCGGCGCCUGCGACGGCAACAACAGGCGCUACUGUUGCGGAGAGCGGCGUGGAGGACGAGCAGGUGGAGAGGUUCUACGCGCUGUUGGCCAACAUCCGGGCCAUGAGGGGCAUGAACAAGAGCGGGGGCGACGACGCCGGCGCGAGCACGGAGGGUGCCAGCGAGGUCUGCGGCGGCGGGAGGAAGCGCGCGCGCUGGGCAGAGCCGCCGUGGAGGCCGGCUUUCAGGCUGGAGGACUUCCAGGACGCCAGCGCGUCCAAGAAGGACAUGAAUGACGACGGUGCCGCCAGCCAUCGGCGGCCGGGCAAGGAGACCAAGGACGAAGCGGCGGAUGGCGGGAAGGAGGACGACGUGGCACGGGAUGGCCGUGGAGUCGUCACGCCGUCGUCAGAGAGGAAAGUUUGACUCUCUGUCGCCGUGCCGCUGAUACUGGCUGCGCGCGAAACACGUGUGGUCACGUGUUCUCUGUGGGCGCGUCGGUGGGUCAUGGAGGAAAGCUCCAUGCUCGCGCCUAUGCCAUGUCCAGCGACACAUUUUAAGCGUCUUACCUGCUGUUGAAAAUAAUUUUAUAAGUGUUUUGAGCCCACAGGUACAUGGACGCAUGUGCGUUUCUUCCCGGAAUAAAACUUGCCCUGGUUCAUCAGCAAAGCUAAAAUCUUUGUACUGCAUGCAGAAAAGAUGUACCCACGCUAAGGAAUCCGAUGCCACUGCAGGGCAAUGCCGCUAGAGGUUAUAUAUGCGGUCUUUCUCCACUGGAUCAGAGUGUAAUUCGUUUGCGUGUACCUGACGAAUCAUAUGAAUAUCAUGGGCUUUGGCAA